AGUGGCAGAAUGACCAGUACCACUGGCAUCACGACACUCGGCUGUUCUCUCUGUUUAUGAGGCGCGGCGCUUUUUAAAAGCGUCCUUAUACAGUCUUCAUCUUCAUCUUCAUCUUCAUCUUCAUCUUCUUUGCUUUUUGGUUCUGCACUACAGAAAAUCUUAAUGUAAACGCAUUUGAGCUCGGCGUUAUUGAUGUUACUCUAGAGAAAUCUUUUAAAUACGUCGGUGGUGUUUUCAGACCAUGCCCGUGUGACCUGUCAGUACAUCCGCACGCCUGGACGCUGACAGCUACUGGACAGUGUAAGGAGUCCACCUAGGUCGAAUUUCUAUUGUGGCCACCACUUUUUCUAAAGAAAUGGACAAUCAUCAGGCUCAGUCAGACUCUCUGCUUGGCCCCACGGAUGACGGACCUUCAGGAGUCCAGACAGAAGAACCCAUCACCUCUCAUUCCAGGACAGCCAAGGCAGACUCGUUCCCCUGCCUGCGGAUCCUUUCUCUGCCCCAGCAAAUCCAGGAGGAGCCCCAUCAGCAUGGGGAGGUCAGCGUGGUGAUCAGAGAUAAAACCGAGAACGCAGGUCAUGGGGUUUACACGUCUCAGCCAGAAGCUAAAACACUGCCCCCUGCUUUCUCAUCUCCGCCACGACGCCAUCAUUCUGUUCCUCACACAUCCCACCCUCACCUGAGCCAAACACGUAAGGGCAGCAGGUCCAGCUCCAUCGCCUACACGGCCUUCCCUUCCCGACCAUCUCUGUCCCGUCACUCCAGCUUGGCCACCAACCCAUCACUGGACCGCUCCAAACCUAACGACUACCUCAUUCUGGCCAUAACCGCCUGCUUCUGUCCUGUCUGGCCCAUCAAUAUUGUAGGAUUUGUCUACUCCAUCAUGUCUAGGAACAGUUUUGAGCAAGGGAACAUCGAUGGAGCCAGGAGGCUGGGCAAGGUAGCCAAACUACUGUCCAUCGUUUCCAUUGUGGGUGGAGUCGUCAUCAUAGUGGCGUGUGUUGUCAAUCUGUCAAUUAAUGUAAAAUCCUGAGGAGAGCCUUGCUCUGGAAUCCAUCUUCACGUCUGACCACUAACCGAAAGACCACGGCCCAUUCUAUCGACGUAACCAGGCCCGUGACCACAGUCACGGCUAUGAGGGUGAUCAGUAGGCAGGUGCCUCUACCCUCUCUGUCAUGCUCAAAUUACUGAUAAACCUUGAGCAAAGAUGCAGCAAGCCUGAAACACCACCUCCACCACCACCAGGAAUGGAGCAGCAGUGGCAUCGCUGGUGUUCCAAUCUGCAUCACACAUCUAAGACUGCUUCACUGGAGUGAUCAUUGACUGUCCUUCGAAAAUGGGUGUUGUAUUAGGCUUAAAUUGUUCUAAUUAUUAAUUAUUAAAAGUUGUUUGACAGCACCUGUUGUAAAAAGCACUAUAUAAAUAAACUUUGAUUUGACUAAAUUAUUCUCAAAUGGCCACCACAUUGUAGAGAACUGUCUUGGCCACAUUAGCAAGCAUAAUAGGACACAUAAGCUCUUGGAAAAUGUUUUUUCAAAUGACACAGGCCUAAUCUGGACCAUUAAAUCGCUUCUUAUGAGAAUAAAGGCCAGGCUGAAUGCGAUUUUUAAUUCAGUAGCAGGAAUAUCACUGUGUUAUCCAUUACUUUGCCCGGCUCGCAGUAGACGGACAGUUCCUCGACAUGCUGAUGAUGACAUCAAGAAUCCAGAGAGUUUCCUUGCUUCUUGAAGAGACAGAAGAGACGCAGAGAGAUGUGACUUACGCUUGGGCGAACAUUGCAGUGACUCUGACAUGAUGUAGGCCUAUCAAGGUGAAUAAUGACUGAUGCAUGGCUGGAACAGGAUAAGAAAGAAAAUGAAAAUUGCACUCAUUUUUUUUAUGUAUUUUCUUGGGGUUUUUUUUCAGAACUUUCAGUCCUUUGGUGUGACCUGACAAUCACAAAUCAUAGCAAGGAUGGAAUGACUUGAACAUUCAGUUACAGUCACCAUCAAAAACUUGACCUUAGCAAAGAAAUAUGACCAACAAAAAAAUGCAAUAACACAAUUGCAUGUACAUAGUUCAGCAUUCAUAUUUAUUACAGGAUCAUAACACAACUCCUUUUUGAUAAAAUAAUAUGCAAAGGUAUAAAGAAAAUGUUGACUGUUUUCAUAAGACAAGAUCCCAUUUUUAUCGUAAAUACCACAUACUGUGAACUUUUUGUACCGAAACAUGUUGUAGAGUUUGCCUCUAAACACUGUGUAGCCUUUAAAAUAUCUGUCAGUGGUGGAUGCUUUGUAUUGUGUUAAUCUUUAUUAGCUCUUCCUGUAGCUGCAGUGGAAUUGUUCAUUGUUUCUCAUACAGAUGGGUCCCAAAAACCCAGAAAAAUGUUGUCGUUUCUAUGUGGGUAUCUGAAUUAGCUCAUAUAUUGUAGAAUAUUAAAUAUUACUUUAAAAUGAUGAUUUGGCUUGGAAAAUCAAUUUGACGCUAUUUUCUUCUUCUAUCCCAAAUAUAGUUGGUCAGCCAGGAUCUGUUUAGGCCCAAUCCUAUUCUUUUUACCUCUACCCCUUGUUUUUGAGUGUCACCUUGCCCCUUGGAACUGAAAUGUUCCCCUAUGAAAUGGGACAACCUUCAAAUAAAAAAAGAGCAUUACUUCAUUAACCCCUGGACGCCUCCCGGUCGGGGUGUACAAGGCAUGGCGUACCGGGAUAAGGCCCCGGGGUCAUCCUAGGAGGGAUUACAUCUCCAAGUUGGCCUGGGAGAGGCUUGGGGUCCCUGGGAAUGAGCUUGGAGGAAGUUGCAGGGGACAGGGUCAUCUGGGAUUCAUCUGGGACUAGUGGUUAAUGAUGAUGAUGAUGAUGAUGAUGAUGAUUACUUCAUUAACUGGCAACUAGUGAUGCUCUGUAGUCGACCCAGCCCGACUUCAGUGAUAGCAGAGUAGGGAAAAUUUCAGCAACCUCACUGCUGGGCUUUAGUCACAUUUAGGGCAUCAUAUGCUUUCAAAGACAAUCAAAUAACACAAUCAUUUAUUAUGGCCCGCCGCUAAUUCUUUGGUGAUGUAAAGCUGAAGUCAACUGUUCACCAGCUUCUUGUUUUCAUAUUUUCCAGUUCCACCUUAAAAUGUUGCAGUUGUUACAUUCUGGCACUUCAGGUGUCAGAACUGCUGGACUAUUUAAGGUGGAACGGGAAAGUUAGCCAGUUAGCUACUGAGACAUUAGCACACUGUUAGUGAUGGAGAAAAUGACCAAAGCCCAUUGAAACGAUAUUAAACUAAGAUAAUACGAUGGUUACUGUAAUUUUCGAAUGGAAAAAAUAUACAUUUGUGGGUUUCUUUGGUCGUUGGCACAGCCAUCUCGCCGAGUUCUCGUUUUGGAGUGUGUCUCCGAAACCUCCGUCUGAAAGGCCAUGUAGCCCUGACACUUCGCCCCCUGCCCCUCUAUCUCACCAAAAAUUGGGACACCCUAACCCUAGACGUGAAUGCGCAAGGGUUUCUGCUUCUUUAAAAGUUUAAAAGUUUUUGCUUCUUUAGCUUUGCAGUGGAGCUACAAGGCUAAAGUUGCCAACAAGUAAUGGAAGCUUACAUGCUAACACUAAUUACUGUGCAAACUGCAUGUGUGAAUCACCACACAAGUGCGCUGAGUUGUUAAGUAGUCUAAAUAUGCUUGCUUAUGUGGUUUCUGGCUCUGUGUGACACUGUAAUAAUAAACAAAACUGUCUCUAAAACAGCAUAAAAAUGCUGAAAACAGUAGCAUCAACCACACUGAAGCCUAUAUUAUGUGCAUAUUUUUUGCCUGCUCAGUAAUUGUGAUUGUUUUUUUGUGAUUGCUUAAAGAUGGAAUGAGUAGUUCUCAGUGUGAAAGUGUAGUUUGUUUUGAUAAAAAAGUCCUUUUGAAAACAUAUAUUUCAGUAAGUGUCAAUGAAAUGAGAUUGUGAUACAACUAAAGCAGAACAAACCAACUUAUUUAAAGUGGCAGGUUUUUUUUCUUCAUUUUUUUGGUGUACGUUUUAUACCCCUAGCUGCUCACAGAGGUGCAUGUAGUUAUUCUUCUCACAGACAUCUCUAAGGAAAUGAUCUGGUAGAUUAACUGUUGCACUGUAUGAAGCAAAUGUAUUCUGAAAGAGGCACUACAUUCACUGAGCACUUUGUUACGUGCACAUACCUUGUAUCUACACUCAUUGUCCAUCUUAUC